UUCUAUCUCUCUCUCACUGAUCAGCCAUGGAAGAAGAACCACUGCUUCAGAAAAUCAGGAUCAAUAAAGACAUUGAAUCCGGUAAAGGAAAUCUUUUGAAUAUCGUCGACGACGGUGACGGUCCCGUUACUUUAAUUUUACUCUUCACAACCUUCACUGCUCUCUGCGGCACCUUCUCUUAUGGCACUGCCGCCGGCUUUACGUCACCAGCUCAAACCGGGAUUAUGGCAGGGCUAAACCUCUCUUUAGCCGAGUUCUCAUUCUUUGGAUCCGUACUAACAAUUGGGGGACUUGUGGGAGCCGCGAUGUCCGGAAGACUCGCCGAUCUUUUUGGUCGGAGAGGCGCUUUGUGGGUUUCAAACUCUUUUUGCAUGGCCGGCUGGCUUAUGAUCGCCUUCUCUCAGGCGACUUGGUCCCUUGACAUCGGAAGACUUUUUCUAGGCGUUGCAGCUGGCUUAUCUUGUUACGUGGUACCUGUCUACAUUGUAGAAAUCGCACCCAAACAAGUCAGGGGCGCGUUCACUGCGGUUAACGCGUUGGUGAUGUGUUCUAGCGUCUCCGUCACAUUCAUCGUUGGAUCAGUCAUGUCAUGGCAGAAAUUAGCUCUCAUAAGUACGGUUCCUUGUGUUUUAGAAUUCAUCGGUUUAUUCUUUAUCCCGGAGUCUCCAAGGUGGCUGUCUAGAAAUGGUCGGGUAAAAGAAUCGGUAGCUGCACUCCAAAGUCUACGAGGAAACAACACUGAUAUCACCAAAGAGGCUGCAGAAAUCAAAAUAUAUAUGGAAAGUCUCCAACAAGAAUUCAAAGAAGAUAGUUUUUUUGAGCUCUUCAAACCACGAUACUCUCGUGUCAUUAGUGUGGGAAUUGGAUUGUUAGUACUGCAACAACUCGGAGGUCUCAGUGGCUAUACAUUUUACAUGAGCUCGAUUUUUCAUAAAUCUGGGUUUCCUAACAACAUAGGAGUAACGGUAGCGAGCGCGGUGCAGUCCGUGACGAGCGUCUUAGGAUUAUUAAUUGUGGAUAAAUAUGGGAGGAGAUCCCUUUUAACGGUUGCGACUGUCAUGAUGUGUUUGGGAUCAUUAAUCACCGGACUAUCGUUUUUGUUUCAGAGCUAUGCUUUACUCCACAAUUACACUCCAGUUUCAGCAUUAAUUGGAGUGUUGGUUUUCUUCAUUUCGAUCACAAUGGGAAUAGGAGGUAUUCCAUGGGUCAUGGUCUCCGAGAUGACACCGAUAAAUGUAAAGGGAUCAGCAGGAACGCUAUGCAAUCUAACGAGCUGGACCUGCAAUUGGUUUGUGUCUUACACAUUCAACUUCCUCUUUCAAUGGAGCUCUUCCGGUGUAUUUUUCAUAUAUUCAAUAAUAUCGGGGUUGGGCAUCCUAUUUGUCAUGAAAAUGGUACCAGAGACUCGAGGCCGUUCGCUCGAAGAAAUUCAAGCCGACAUUACCCGAUAAUUAACUUUGUAAAUAUUUAUAUUUCUUUUUAUUUGGUAUCCAAUUCAUUUAAAUUAAUAUAUGGUCUCACUUAUCAAUCAGUUCAGUCUUGUCUGGCCAUAGUUAAAUAUGCAUAAUUUGCACAUAUAUCAGCAACGAUUUACUUUUUUUGUAAGGUUGUUUGGCGAUAUAUAUUACAAGAUAAAUCAAAAGUGUUUA